UUAGACAAACUAGUCUGCCUAGCAAUUAUAGUGUCUAGGCACUAGAAAACCUAAAAUUGAGAUUUCAACUAUUGAUACGACCAGUUUUAAGUGACACAGAUUGACAGACGUGUUGUCAAGCUGACAUCUGACUCAGACUGGGAUUCAUAUUGAGAGUUCAUUUGACUCAAGCGAGGAGCAAGCAAUGUGUGUAAGCAGUUUUGAGAUUCCUCCAGAGCCUAGCUCAGGCCUGAAGUUGAUACUGGGGAUAUCUUUUUUGUUAACUGUCGUCAUUGGUUUUCUUGGAAACGUCGUUUCCAUAGCGAUACUUGCGAAGGUGUUACGAUCACGUCAAACCGUACCGAACGCUUUAAUCUUCAUACUGGCAUGUGUUGACCUCUUGACGAUCAUCCUAGGUUUUGGGCCGGCACUGUUGAAUUAUCUCAGCGGUCUUAGUAUUGCGCACGCGCCGCUGUGUAACUUCCAGGGCGCCACGCUCAACUUUCUUUACCUCAUGUCAAUAACCCUUGUGACUUGUUUGAGUUUUGACAGAUAUUUAGCCUUGUUCACACCUUUCUUCUACAAAGCAAACUCUGUCUUCAACUGCAAAAAGCUAUCAUUCACGCUUCUCCUAUUCUGUUGUUUCGCCAUGAUUAUUAGUCUCCUACCAAGUUUUGGAGCAGGGAGACGUGUCUUACAGUAUCCAGGGACAUUUUGCACCAUUGAAUUAAACCCUAAAGACUUGGGAGGAAAAAUCACUUUAAAUACAAAUUUGGCAUUUCUGCUGUUCUGCACGAUGAUCAUUGUCUUAUGCAAUGCAGCAGUCUCGUGGAAAAGCUUCCAGAUGCUCAACCGAUCCAGAGAACGACAACCGAGUGUAGACAACGAGGAAAUGGGGUCGAUUUUGAGUGUUUGCACAACUGAUGAAUGCCAAUUCUUGAAAUUAAGUAUGAUUGUGAUGACGUUAUUUCUACUUUGUUGGACUCUGUUUAUGGUAAGCUAUCCCCAAGCCUCCAGAGCGAAUAUCGCAGUGCUUUGCAGACUACGAUAGUAUAGGCGAUUUUUUGUAACCCAAGAAUGUCAAGUCUUUUUACAAAUCACAUCUUUAAACCAUAGAUUAGAGUGAUCCUGAUUCAAACUGGUCAU